AUGGGUUGCAUGUUCAAAACAAAUAUGUUUAUAUCAAAAUUAGAAGAUUUACCAGAUGAAAUCUUAAUUGAAAUUUGUCUCUAUUUAAAUUCAAUAGAUGUUCUCAAUGGAUUCGAACAAUUAAACAGUCGUUUCGAACAAACUAUAAGACAAUUUCGAUGUGAUAUUAAUUUUCAACAUUUAACAUUAAAUCAAUUUCAACAAUUUUAUCACCGUUUACUACCUUAUAAUGUUGAAUACAUUGUUAAACUUACUAUCAAUACAUGGUAUUCACCAGGAAAAAUCGCUCUCUUUAAUGAAUAUAUUCUUCAAUAUAAAUCACUUCAUGAUCUUUUACCUUGUCUUAAACAAAUAUGGUUGGUUAAUUUUAGUAAUAGAGAUAUUGAUAUUAUACCAAAAAUACUUUCAAUUGAAAAAGUUAUGAUUGAUAUUGAUGCUCAAAUAUCUUUAUCACAUUCAACAAAAAUUCUUCUUGAUCAAUAUUUAUUUUGUACACCAAAUAAAAUUAAAGAAUUGAGACUCUACGAUUCUGAAGAAGGUAUGAAAUUACAACAUAAUAUAAAUAUAAUGACAUGUGAAUAUCUUGAAAAAUUAAUUAUAAGUGUAGCAACAUCCGAUGAUUUAAUAUUAAUAUUUCGACGUGCACCUUAUCUUAUUAAAUUACAUGUUGAAAUAAGCGUAUUUUCAAUGGAUGCACCAAAACAAUAUGCAACAACUGAUAUAAUGCCAAAAUAUAUAAAAGAUUUUCAUUUAUGGGUUAAAGAUAAACGUUUACUAAUUUUCGAUGAUUUAUAUAAUAUAUUAAUACAUAUGCCAACAAUUGAACAUCUUUCAUUAGAAAUAGAAACAGAUGAUAUACAAUAUAGUCAAGGUCAUCGUUGGAAAGAAUUAUUUUCUAAUUUAACAAAAUUAUCUCGAUUAGAUUUAGGUCUUAAAAUCUGGAUUGGAUUUAAUAAAGUACCUAUCGAUGUAACACCAUAUUUAAAAACAUUUGCUGAGAAUGGUUUAGAAGUUUGUUGUUAUGCUGAUACUCGAGUACUAUUUAUUGAUGCGAUCCCGUAUGAAUUCGAUAGUCCAACAGGUGUUAUGACUUCACCAUACGCAAGUCAAGCUAAAUCAACAAAUAUAAAUCUAUUUAAACAACGAGCACGACGAGUUAAUACAUUAUGUUUUGAUGGUCGUCAUGAAUUAACAUCCGUUAAUGAUUGGUUAAAUGUUAUUAGUCGUUUUCCUAAUAUUCAAGUACUCGAUAUUGUUUCUAUUAAUAUACAUGAUUCAAUAGAUAAUAUAAAACAAUUACGAUUACCUAAUUUAACUAUUUUACGUUAUAUACGUUCAACAAAAUGUCAAGUCAAUAUUCCUUUUUUAAUGUAUCUUGCUGCUAAUCAUAUUGUUGCACCUCGUUUACAUUCUUUAACCAUGAUGUAUGGUGAUCUUAUUUAUCUAUGUAAACAUUUACCAAGAAAUAUUUCUUUUGAACGAUUUACCGAACUUCGUAUAUAUGGUAACGGAGCUGAUGGUAUUAUUCAUUGGAAAGAUAUUGAUUUAAUAUUAAAAAUAUUUCCAAAUCUUGAACAUUUUUGGAUUCAUGUUCAAUCAAGUCGAACACUUAAUAAAAAUAUUGGAUUAAUCAUAGAAAAAGUUUUAUAUUCAUUAUCAAAUUUAAUUAGUUUACGAUUUUCAUGUAAAAGAGAUUCAUUAAAAUUAUCAUUAUUAAAUGACUAUAAUGCAUGUUUAACAUGGAUUCAACAUAUUUGUAAAUUAGAUAAUCCAGAACAAAUCUAUCUUACGAUUGGAAAAAAAGAAAUAUCAAUUUGGAAAUAA